AUGGCAGACGACGAUGACAACGCUGCAAAUACCGAGUCUGAGCAAUUAAAAUCACUGGAACAUAAAGACCAUCAGCUUGAGGAUUAUGAAAGACAAAUAGAGAAUGAAGAUACAGAACAGAGAAACAGACAGAAAAUCAUCAUUGAGGAUAACGCACAACUCAAAGAUACAAAUACAACACUAGAGAAGACGAGUAAAGAGCUAGAGGAGAGAGACAGAGCUCUACAUGAGAGGGAUCAACAACUGAAACUGAAAGAUGCACAGAUACAGGAGACACAAAUACAAGUGGAGGAAAAGGACAACAAACUUGUGGAGAAGGAGAAAGAAUUAAAUGAGAAAAAUGAAGAGCUGAAGAAUGUAAAAGAACGUUUAGAGACUAAUGAGAAGACUCUUUCUGAGAGAGACGCAGUGUUAAUGGAAACAAAUAAUAAACUUCAACAUGCUACUGAACAAGUUAAAGAAAAAAUCUCACAACUGGAGAAUAUGAACAAACUGCUGAGUGAGAAAGAAACACAGCUAAAGAACACAGAUAAAGAGCUGGAAACGAGUAAAAACAAACUGGAGACACUGGGACAGGAGCUGCAGGAUGAGAAGAGACAACUACAGGAGAUGAUGAUCGUACUGGAGCAACAGAAAACUGAGUUAGCAGAAAAAAACAAACAGCUUAGAAUGAGAGAGAGACUUCUAACUGAGAGAGAGACACAGCUAAUGGAGAGAGACAAACAGCUUCAGGAGAAAGACAAAUGCCUGACAGAAAAUCAACAAAUGCUUCAGAUGAAGGACAAGGCACUGGAAGAGGAGGACACACUGCUUAGAGAGGUGAAAGAAGAAUUAUACAAAACAAAUUGGACAUUAGAGGAGAAUCAGACUCAAUUGAAAGACAAAGAGAGACACCUGGAGAAUGUGGAGAAUGAACUGGAAACCAGUAAUCAAAAACUGAUGGAGAAAGACAAACUGCUUCAGGAGAAAGACAGACAUCUGUCUGAAAAAUCACAAAUAUUAAUAAUGAAAGAUGCUGCACUGGAAAAGAAUGAGACAUGUCUCAAACAGAUACAAAGUGAAAUGGACAAAACAAUUAGGGAAUUAGAAGUAAGUCAGCAAAAUGCUGCGGAGAAAAUCUCACAACUGGAGAACAUGAGCAAACUGCUGAGUGAGAAAGAAACACAGUUGAAGAACACAGAUAAAGAAUUGGAAACCAGUAAAAACAAACUGGAGACACUGGGAAAGGAGCUGCAGGAUGAGAAGAGACAACUACAGGAGAUGAUGAUCGUCCUGGAGCAACAGAAAACUGAGUUAGCAGAAAAAAACAAACAGCUUAGAGAGAGAGAGAGACUUCUAACUGAGAGAGAGACACAGCUAAUGGAGAGAGACAAACAGCUUCAGGAGAAAGACAAAUGCCUGACAGAGAAUCAACAAAUGCUUCAGAUGAAGGACAAGGCACUGGAAGAGGAGGACAUACUGCUCAGAGAGGUGAAAGAAGAAUUAUACAAAACAAAUCGGACAUUAGAGGAGAAUCAGUCUCAGUUGAAAGACAAAGAGAGACAACUGGAGAAUGUGGAGAAUGAACUGGAAACUAAUAAAGAAUUGGAAACCAGUAAAAACAAACUGGAGACACUGGGACAGGAGCUGCAGGAUGAGAAGAGACAACUACAGGAGAUGAUGAUCGUCCUGGAGCAACAGAAAACUGAGUUAGCAGAAAAAAACAAACAGCUUAGAGAGAGAGAGAGACUUCUAACUGAGAGAGAGACACAGCUAAUGGAGAGAGACAAACAGCUUCAGGAGAAAGACAAAUGCCUGACAGAGAAUCAACAAAUGCUUCAGAUGAAGGACAAGGCACUGGAAGAGAAGGACACACUGCUCAGAGAGGUGAAAGAAGAAUUAUACAAAACAAAUCGGACAUUAGAGGAGAAUCAGUUUCAGUUGAAAGACAAAGAGAGACAACUGGAGAAUGUGGAGAAUGAACUGGAAACUAGUAAUCAAAAACUGAUGGAGAAAGACAAACUGCUUCAGGAGAAAGACAGACAUCUGUCUGAAAAAUCACAAAUAUUAAUAAUGAAAGAUGCUGCACUGGAAAAGAAUAAGACAUGUCUUAAACAGAUACAAACUGAAAUGGACAAAACAAUUAGGGAAUUAGAAGUGAGUCAGCAAAAUGCUGCGGAGAAAAUCUCACAACUGGAGAAUAUGAGCAAACUGCUGAGUGAGAAAGAAACACAGCUGAAGAACACAGUUGAAGAACUGGAAACCAGUAAAAAUAAACUGGAGACACUGGGACAGGAGCUGCAGGAUGAGAAGAGACAACUACAGGAGAUGAUGAUCGUCCUGGAGAAACAGAAAACUGAGUUAGCAGAAAAAAACAAACAGCUUAGAGAGAGAGAGAGACUUCUAACUGAGAGAAAGACACAGCUAAUGGAGAGAGACAAACAGCUUCAGGAGAAAGACAAAUGUCUGACAGAAAAUCAACAAAUGCUUCAGAUGAAGGACAAGGCACUGGAAGAGGAGGACACACUGCUCAGAGAGGUGAAAGAAGAAUUAUACAAAACAAAUCAGACAUUAGAGGAGAAUCAGACUCAGUUAAAAGACAAAGAGAGACAACUGGAGAAUGUGGAGAAUGAACUGGAAACCAAUAAAGAAUUGGAAACCAGUAAAAACAAACUGGAGACACUGGGAAAGGAGCUGCAGGAUGAGAAGAGACAACUACAGGAGAUGAUGAUCGUCCUGGAGCAACAGAAAACUGAGUUAGCAGAAAAAAACAAACAGCUUAGAGAGAGAGAGAGACUUCUAACUGAGAGAGAGACACAGCUAAUGGAGAGAGACAAACAGCUUCAGGAGAAAGACAAAUGCCUGACAGAGAAUCAACAAAUGCUUCAGAUGAAGGACAAGGCACUGGAAGAGGAGGACAUACUGCUCAGAGAGGUGAAAGAAGAAUUAUACAAAACAAAUCGGACAUUAGAGGAGAAUCAGUCUCAGUUGAAAGACAAAGAGAGACAACUGGAGAAUGUGGAGAAUGAACUGGAAACUAGUAAUCAAAAACUGAUGGAGAAAGACAAACUGCUUCAGGAGAAAGACAAACUGCUUCAGGAGAAAGACAGACAUCUGUCUGAAAAAUCACAAAUAUUGCAAAUGAAAGAUGCUGCACUGGAAAAGAAUGAGACAUGUCUCAAACAGAUACAAAGUGAAAUGGACAAAACAAUUAGGGAAUUAGAAGUAAGUAAGCAAAAUGCUGCGGAGAAAAUCUCACAACUGGAGAACAUGAGCAAACUGCUGAGUGAGAAAGAAACACAGUUGAAGAACACAGAUAAAGAAUUGGAAACCAGUAAAAACAAACUGGAGACACUGGGACAGGAGCUGCAGGAUGAGAAGAGACAACUACAGGAGAUGAUGAUCGUCCUGGAGCAACAGAAAACUGAGUUAGCAGAAAAAAACAAACAGCUUAGAGAGAGAGAGAGACUUCUAACUGAGAGAGAGACACAGCUAAUGGAGAGAGACAAACAGCUUCAGGAGAAAGACAAAUGCCUGACAGAGAAUCAACAAAUGCUUCAGAUGAAGGACAAGGCACUGGAAGAGAAGGACACACUGCUCAGAGAGGUGAAAGAAGAAUUAUACAAAACAAAUCGGACAUUAGAGGAGAAUCAGUUUCAGUUGAAAGACAAAGAGAGACAACUGGAGAAUGUGGAGAAUGAACUGGAAACUAAUAAAGAAUUGGAAACCAGUAAAAACAAACUGGAGACACUGGGACAGGAGCGGCAGGAUGGAAAGAGACAACUACAGGAGAUGAUGAUCGUCCUGGAGAAACAGAAAACUGAGUUAGCAGAAAAAAACAAACAGCUUAGAGAGAGAGAGAGACUUCUAACUGAGAGAGAGACACAGCUAAUGGAGAGAGAUAAACAGCUUCAGGAGAAAGACAAAUGCCUGACAGAGAAUCAACAGAUGCUUCAGAUAAAGGACAAGGCACUGGAAGAGGAGGACACACUGCUCAGAGAGGUGAAGGAAGAAUUAUACAAAACAAAUCGGACAUUACAGGAGAAUCAGACUCAAUUGAAAGACAAAGAGAGAUACCUGAAGAAUGUGGAGAAUGAACUGGAAACCAAUAAUCAAAAACUGAUGGAGAAAGACAAACUGCUUCAGGAGAAAGACAGACAUCUGUCUGAAAAAUCACAAAUAUUGCAAAUGAAAGAUGCUGCACUGGAAAAGAAUGAGACAUGUCUCAAACAGAUACAAAGUGAAAUGGACAAAACAAUUAGGGAAUUAGAAGUGAGUCAGCAAAAUGCUGCGGAGAAAAUCGCACAACUGGAGAACAUGAGCAAACUGCUGAGUGAGAAAGAAACACAGUUGAUGAACACAGAUAAAGAGCUGGAAACCAGUAAAAACAAACUGGAGACACUGGGACAGGAGCUGCAGGAUGAAAAGAGACAACUACAGGAGAUGAUGAUCGUCCUGGAGCAACAGAAAACUGAGUUAGCAGAAAAAAACAAACAGCUUAGAGAGAGAGAGAGACUUCUAACUGAGAGAGAGACACAGCUAAUGGAAAGAGACAAACAGCUUCAGGAGAAAGACAAAUGCCUGUCAGAAAAUCAACAAAUGCUUCAGAUGAAGGACAAGGCACUGGAAGAGGAGGACACACUGCUCAGAGAGGUGAAAGAAGAAUUAUACAAAACAAAUCGGACAUUAGAGGAGAAUCAGACUCAAUUGAAAGACAAAGAGAGACAACUGGAGAAUUUGAAGAACACGGAUAAAGAAUUGGAAACCAGUAAAAACAAACUGGAGACACUGGGACAGGAGCUGCAGGAUGAGAAGAGACAACUACAGGAGAUGAUGAUCGUACUGGAGCAACAGAAAACUGAGUUAGCAGAAAUAAACAAACAGCUUAGAGAGAGAGAGAGACUUAUAACUGAGAGAGAGACACAGCUAAUGGAAAGAGACAAACAGCUUCAGGAGAAAGACAAAUGCCUGACAGAAAAUCAACAAAUGCUUCAGAUGAAGGACAAGACACUAGAACAGAAGGACACACUGCUCAGAGAGGUGAAAGAAGAAUUAGAUAGAACAAAUCACAGGUUAGAAGAAAAUCAGUCUCAGUUGAGAGAGAAAGAAAGACAACUGAAGAUUGUAAUGAAGGAGAUAGACACCAGUAAAACCAAACUGAAGGAGGGAGACAAAGAGCUGCAGGAAAAAGACAGACUUUUAAAUGAGAGUACUGAUGCACUUAAGAUAAAGAAUAACACACUGCAAGAGAAGGACACACUGCUUAGAGAUGUGAAAGAAGAACUGGAGAAAACAAAGAGGACAUUAGAGGAGAAUCAGACUCAGUUGAAAGACAAAGAGAGACAACUGGAGAGUGUGCAGAAUGAACUGGAAACCAGUAAAAACAAACUAACUGAACAAGACAAACAGCUUCAGGAGAAAGACAGACUUCUAGAGGAGACAACAAAGCAGCUACAGGAACAGACAGAUCCAGAACCAUCAGCUCCCAUCAGGAGAAGAAACAGCAUGGACACAUUACCGCAAAAAAGUGAGUAAUUUGUUACUUGUAUUAAUUUUAAAAAAUAUAUAUUUUUUAAAACAUCAGUAGAACUACUAAAUCUACACUUAAUAAAUCAUAUGUAAGGACAUGAAAUAUACUUGAGUGGAGAGACUCAGGACUCAGCAGCACCAAUAAGGAGAAGAAACAGUAUGGGGGGAAAACGUCCUGAAUUUUGUGGAGAAUCAUCUAGUCCACAUUCUCCAGUGUCGGUUCCUGUAGCAGAACUGAGACUGGUGCUGCUGGGGAGAACGGGGUCUGGGAAAAGUGCAGUAGGAAACACCAUCCUGAGCAGAGAGGAGAGGAACCAGGCUGUUACAUCUACAUCGACCCAGCAAAGUGAAAGCACGCAGGGGGAGGUGGCUGGGAGGAAGGUGACUGUGGUGGACGCUUCUGACUGGUUCUCUCCUGGACUCUCUCUGGAGAAGCUGAGACAUGACGUGGGACUCUGUGUGCAUCUGUCUGCUCCAGGACCCAACGCCUUCCUCCUGGUCAUACCUGUAAAGCAGCCUAGAGGAGGGGAGAGAGGGAUGCUGGAGAAAAUGGAGAAGAUUUUUGGAGAGAGAUGUUGGAGAAACACCAUGAUCAUAUUCAGUGUUACUGAUAAACUUCAGAAGAAGAACAUUGAGAAGUUUAUCCAGUUAGGAGACCAGGAGGUCCAGAGACUUGUAGAGAAAUGUGGGCACAGGUUUCACUGUCUCAACAUUAAUAAGAGUGGAGAUGGUUCUCAGGUCUCAGAGCUGCUGGAGAAGAUAGAGAAGAUGGUGGAAGGAAGCAGAGAGAAAUUCUACAGCAGUGAGAUCUACCUGGAGACUGAAUCUCAGAUUAGAGCAAUGGAGACUAAAAUCCUGAAGGAAAGAGAAGAGAAAAUGAUGAGAGAGGAGAUUGAAGUGAAGGAAAAACUGGAUAAGGAGGUACAGGACUCUCAGAGAAAAUUGGAAGGAAUAAUCCAGGAGCAUGAAGGAGACAUCAGACAACUGAUUGACCGAACAACUGAACUGGAGAGAAAGGUCAAAGGAGAGAGAGAUGAAGAGAAAAAAAGAGGAUUUGAGAAGAAGCUAAAACAUGAGGUAGAGCAAAGGACAAAAAUGGAAGAAAAGGUGAAGAAACUAAAAGAAAAGAGGGAGAGGGAGAGGAGAGAGAUGGAGGAGAGGCACCAACAGGAGAUAGAGGAGAUCAGGGAGGUGUAUGAAGGAGAGGUCAGGAUGGAGACAGAGAGAAACCUCAUGAAGAUCAUCCUGCCUGAAAUCCAGAGAAACAUUUUGACCUCAAAAACAAAGAUGCAGGAAGAGUUCAGCAGGCAGAUGGAGGAGAAGAACAGAGAGCUGGAGACUCUUAAACAGAAACUCUCAGACCUCACAGAGACUCACAGUCUACGUAAAGAGGUUUAUGGGAAAGCUGUGAGCAGCUCAGAGUCAGAGAGAGCAGCUGUAACAGGAGAAGUGUCGAAGGGAAUCUUUAAGUCAUUAACCGACUAUUUUGUCACUGGAUAACAGAGUUUAUAAAGCCACAGCCACUCACCCAGUCUGAAAUAAAGUCUUUCGGCCAGUGAUUGUGG